AUGCACCUCCCCAUUUUCCUACUCCUGACCAGCAACCAUCCCCUCCUCCUCAAGUCCCACAGAGCCAUCCCCUCUCCUCACACCCACAACCUCCCCUGCCUCCUAAUUCCCAAUAGCCAUCCCUGCCCAAGUCCCACGAGGCCUCCCUCUCCUCUAUCCCACAAACCAUCCCUUCCCCAAUCCCAGCAACCAGUCCCCCACCUAAAUUCCCAAAGCCAUCCCUUCUCCUCAAGUCCCCACAAGCCGCCCUCUCCCUCAAUCCAUCAGAGCCAUCCCUGCCCUCAAUCCCACAUAGCAUCCCUUGCCCUCGAUCCCACAAGGCCAGUCCCUGUCUCCUCAAUCCACACCAUCCCUCUCCUCAAUCCCACACCAUCCCUGCCUCCAAAGUCCCAGGAUCCCAUCCCUGUCUCCUCAAUCCACAAGCCAUCCCUUCCCUCAAAUCCCACAGACCAUCCCUUCCUCUCAAUCCCAGCACACCUCCUACUCAAACUAGACCCAAAAAAACCGAUUGCCCCCUCCACCUCACCUACACCUCCACGCGACCUCCGCCACCCCCACCGUCUUUCCUCCUACCCCUUCAAUUCUCCUCCCCACUACCCAACAACCUCCCACACACAAGACAUGAGUGACGGCACCUACCCCCCUUCCAACUAA